GUCCGCCCCGCAUCGCGGCGGGAGGAGCGGCGGGGCAGCCAUGGGGCACCCGCCGCUGGAGUUCAGCGACUGCUACCUGGACAGCCCCGACUUCCGAGAGCGGCUGAAGUGCUACGAGCAGGAGCUGGAGCGGACCAACAAGUUCAUCAAGGAGGUGAUCAAGGACGGCAACGCGCUCAUCGCCGCCAUCCGGGGUUACUCUUCAGCAGUGCAGAAGUUCUCCCAGACUUUGCAGUCCUUUCAGUUCGACUUUAUUGGUGACACACUAACGGAUGAUGAGAUUAAUAUUGCCGAGUCCUUUAAGGAGUUCGCGGAGCUGCUCCAGGAGGUAGAGCUGGAGAGGUCCAUGAUGGUACAGAAUGCUAGUGAUUUGCUGAUCAAACCUUUGGAAAACUUUCGGAAGGAGCAAAUAGGGUUCACCAAGGAAAGAAAGAAGAAGUUUGAGAAGGAUGGUGAGAAGUUUUAUUCCAUGCUGGAUCGCCAUUUGCACUUAUCGUCCAAAAAGAAGGAAUCCCAAUUACAGGAGGCUGACCUUCAGGUUGACAAAGAGAGACACAAUUUCUUUGAGUCUUCCCUCGAAUAUGUGUACCAGAUACAGGAAGUGCAAGAGAGCAAGAAAUUCAGUAUUGUUGAACCGGUGCUGGCUUUUCUCCACAGCCUCUUUACUUACAACAACCUGACAGUUGAGCUCACGCAGGAUUUCCUCCCUUACAAACAGCAGCUUCAGCUCAGCCUGCAGAAUACAAGGAAUCAUUUUUCCAGCACACGGGAGGAGCUGGAAGACCUGAAGAAGAGGAUGAAGGAAGCCCCCCUAACCUGCAAGCUACCUGGGCAGCCGACCAUCGAGGGGUAUCUCUACACUCAGGAGAAAUGGGCACUGGGCAUCUCCUGGGUGAAAUAUUAUUGCCAGUAUGAAAAAGAGGCAAAAACCUUACGGAUGACACCCAUGGACCAGAAGCCUGGAGCUAAGCAAGGCACCUUAGACCUGACGCUAAAAUCCUGUGUGAGGAGAAAGACAGACUCUAUAGACAAAAGGUUUUGUUUUGACAUUGAAACUAACGAAAGGUCUGGGACCAUCACGCUGCAGGCGCUGUCGGAAGCCAACCGCAGGCUGUGGAUGGAGGCCAUGGACGGGAAGGAGCCGAUCUACCACAGUCCCAUCACAAAGCAGGAAGAAAUGGAGCUGAACGAGGUGGGAUUCAAGUUUGUCCGGAAGUGCAUCAACGCCGUGGAAACCAAAGGGAUUGCUACGGAGGGCGUCUACAGGACGGUGGGCAGCAAUAUUCAGGUGCAGAAGUUGCUGAACGCCUUUUUUGAUCCAAAAUGCCCAGGGGAUGUGGAUCUCCAAAGUGGUGACUGGGACAUCAAGACAAUUACCAGCUCUCUGAAGUUUUACCUCAGGAACCUGUCUGAACCCGUCAUGACGUACAAGCUCCACAAAGAGUUGGUCCUGGCUGCCAAAUCUGAAAACCUGGAUUACAGGCUGGGAGCCAUUCAUGCACUGAUCUAUAAACUACCUGACAAGAACAGAGAGAUGUUAGAGCUCCUCAUACAGCACCUUGUCAACGUGUGCGAGCACAGCCGGGAGAACCUGAUGUCACCCUCCAACAUGGGGGUGAUCUUUGGGCCCACCCUGAUGCGUGCGCAGGAGGACACGGUGGCAGCCAUGAUGAACAUCAAGUUCCAAAACAUCGUGGUCGAGAUCCUCAUCGAGCACUUUGGGAAGAUCUACUCUGGCCCCCCAGAAGACACCACAGCCCCCCCGGUGCCUCCUCCCAGGGUGGCUGCCCGGCGGCACAAACCCAUCACCAUUUCCAAGCGUCCUCUGAGGGAAAGACCUGUCUUCUUUGGUGCUUCUCUGGAAGAAAGUGGAGCAGACUGGCCCGUCCCGACUCCCAACGGCGCGGAGGCCCCGAGGCCGCAGCUCCGCCGCCCCGCGCCACGGCCGGGAGGGGACGAGCCGGGACGCGUCCCCGCCGAGGCCGAGCUGGGGAAGCUGGUGGCCAGGCUGCAGGAUGGAGGAGCGAAACCCACCAGCAAGGCUGCUAACGGAGUGGUGGCCAGCCCUGCCCUCAGGACCUCCACGCUGCAGGCCAGGAGACCCGCGCCCCGGCCGGGGAUCUGUGGCAGAGAGGGCGAGUACGACGGUGUCCCGAAGCCACGAUCCCAUGGCGAUAAGCCUGUGAUAACACGUCCCCCCGUGAGACCUCCAGACCCUCCAUGUAGGACUCCUGUCCCUCCAAGGCUGGAGCAGAGGCCAGAUCUGAUAGCAGGAACGGCAGAAGAGAUGCCUUCCUCUGUGGUGGCCUCUAGGACCAAGUUCUUUGAGACAGCUUCCCGAAGAACAAGCAAUUCAUCAUCACCACAAGGCAGGAUCCCAGGUGAUGAAAGCUGAGGCUAAAGACUUCGCAACCACCUCAGCCCGAGCUGGGCCCAGGAGAUUUUCUGUGCUUGUGAAAUGGAUGUGUCACAGCUUAGACUUUCCCAGUUCAGGUGCCCCUGGAGAGCAGCUGUUUUACCGAACGAUGAUUUCAGAGCUUGCUGUCAUAAGUGGCUCUAGAAAUUAGAAGAGAGGGAGGUAAUGAUGGAGAGAAGAGCCUCCCCAGAUGUCUGUGUUGAACUGUUCCCAGCCCUUCAGCCACUCCUCUCUGCACAGGCUGUGAAGGAUGCUCAUGUGUGCCCUUGCAGGUGGCCAGCAGUGUUUUCAGGGCUGGGUGAGCUCCGAGAGGCUGUGGAAGGGACAGCAGAGGAUGGGAGUGGCCUUUUACCUGCUCACAGUUUGGGAAAGCACCUUGGCAAGAGUGACCUUGGACAGACACUGGAGUCAGAACACAAAGGGCUGAUUCCUCAUGCUUGGAUGCAAGGGUAGCAUGAUGGGAAUUUGGGUUGGAGCACUUGCCAUGAGAAGCUCCUUCCUUUAUGUUUCAUUUUCCUCGCCCAGCAUGCUGCAGUGUGUCAGUGGGUGUUACUGGAAACGCUGCUUGUGCUGAGGUGGGACAGGAACUGGGGGGAGCAUCAUGCUUAGCUCUGUGGGGCAUCUCUUAAUCUCCCUGUGAGGUGGCUUUCCAGGCAAUGCCAGGCAGGUCAGCAGCCUCCAAGAGUGCAGCUGGGAGAUGGAGGUGGCAAGUGCUCCUCCUCCUUCUCCUCCUCCUCCUCUUCCUCCUACUUGAGCCGCUCUCCUACCAGCUCCGCUUCCCACAGGCCCACCAAGAAAUCUCUGUCCUGCAGAUACUCUGGUGGACCAGCACAGAGGUGGCAAGGAACUGGAACUCGCUGAAUAUGGGUCAAAGCCCACGAGUCUUCUAAGAGGCACCCGGUUUCUUGUUUUCAGUUUCGUUUAAUUUCCAUUCCUAGAGAUGUCCAGUCUCUUUUCCUCAGCAGUGGCCAUGUAGAUGAUGCCCUUUGGUCUGCAAGGGUUUCUCCUAGCCAGGACCACCCCUGUUAACAUUAGAGGCUUAUUGGUGGUUCCAGCUGACACCAGGGCUGUUCCUGAGCUGUAGCAUUUACCUGUAAAUAGGCAGUGAACAGUGUCCCUGCUUCCUGUCACCAGCCCAAAGGCAGCUUCCCUGUUUUGAAUGAAUUUCCUUGGGUGCUGGGAGCAUCCCAAACCAGUGGCUAAACAUCCCUGUUAGCUGCUACCCAGGUGCUCUUCUCUGGAGCAUACUUUGUGUCCUGCCUGGUGCAGGUUUUCCAGCUGGAUGCUGCCGCGGUGCUUCCCGUGUGUCUCCCAGCAUGUCCCUUGCGUGUGCAUCUCUGGCUGCUUCCUUGCUGAGUGUGAUUCCAGCCCUCUCUGGGCACACACGUCAUGUCAAUGGUGCUCCUGCUCCCCAGGGCUGCGGCCGUGCCCAGCUGCUUGCUCCUGUACUCCUGCUUUGAACAGUGGCACAUGUAAGUGGCUUUAAAACCAAACCAACAAGCGAACUGGUAAUUGCCGGGCCUGGACUGUGCUGGACCUUCGGGGUUGGGUGGCUUCGUCACCUCCUGGGGUGGCUGUCCCAGAAGUGUCAGGCCAAAUCACUGUCCCCCCCCUUGGGCUGUGCAUUGAGGCCCCUAGAUGCUGUUGUUUUGGGAGGCACCCAGUUCCAUGGUCCUGGGUGGCUCUGGGGGUGACACCCCCUUGGCUGCAUGGGGCCCUGCACUGUGCUGGCACCCAGGGUGCCCAUCCCAUUGAAAGCAGUGGCUGGUGCAGCCCCUCACUGCUGCUGCACAGUCACUGCUGAGCCUCGGGCUCCCUGCCUUGCUCAGACCCUGCGGGACAGAGCCAGGGCCCAUGGGAAGAAAAGAAAUCCGAGGGAGUGUGGUUUGGAGUCUGAUGUUGUAAACAAUGUGGGGAAGCAGCUCAUUGGAAACAUUUUAUUGUGUCCUUUUAAAGUAAUUUGUCACAUAUACGUCUGUGCUGGAUUUUCCUCUUCUGUGUGCUCAUCUGAAUUCUGGGAACCAGCAGUGGAGAGGCCAUGGGGUGCUGGGCUGUGCUGCUGGGGGGCUGGGGGGCACGAUCCUCUCAGCCAGUGCCACGGGACGGACACAGCCAGGAGGGGGGUUGGUCCCGCCUGUUGGCCAGCGGAGCCGUUCGGGCAUGUCAGAGCUUAGGUUACUUCAAGUGUUUAUAAAGGUUUCCAUGAAGUAAA